AUGCCAUCGUCGCUGCAAGUUGCUCUUGGCUGCUUUGGCGCCGUCGUCUUGUACGCGUCCCAGUGGAUCGACUGCGCGCCUCGCUGGCUCUACGCACCCAAGGCCAUCGACGUCUCUGCCUACAACCUCGACCACCCGACGACGAUGUCAGAGCUUGACGCCAUCGUUACCAAGCAUGACCUCGCGUCGCCGGGGGUCGCGGCACCAGGGACGCACCUCUUUUCCGGUGGCGGGCUCAUGUAUGUCGCCUACUGCAUCGAUGACUUGCCGUCGCUGCUCCAAUGGAUCGCGCUGGUACUCUAUGUUGCCCUCAUCUGCGUCUUUUUAGCCACGUCGCGCUUGAACAUGCUCGUCGAAGACGAACGCACCCAGUGGAAGAGCUGGCAAAUCAUGAUG